AUGGCUCUCAACCCUCGUCUCAUUGCUUCCACCUGGCUGGCUGCACUCACGGCCGCCUCGCAGAACGGCGACAGCAGCGCAUUCGCUCAGCUCUUUCUGCCCAAUGGGUGGCUUCGGGACCUUUUGGUCUUCACGUGGGACAUCCGCGCCCUCGAAGGACGCGACAAGGUUGCAGCACACGUCGCCAACACUCUGGCCAACGCCCAGAUCAAGGACAUUAAGCUCGACGAUACCACCUAUCUUGCGCCAGAGGUGUCUUUCCUCCCACAGAUUCAUGCCGUAGAUGUCGAAUUCGCCAUCACCUUCGAAUGCCGCACCGGCCACGGGCGUGGUCACGUCCGUCUCCUUCCAGACCAGGACGGCACCUUCCGGGCUCUCACUGCCCUGCUCAUGCUCUCGGACCUCAGGGGCCACGAAGAGCAGAACGUCCUCACCUUCCGGGAUGAUACUGCAGCUCCCGGCCGCGACCUACAGAAGGACUUCACCGAUUGGGUUCACGGAGUGGAGACGAACCCUCACGUCUUGAUAGUUGGCGGCGGCCAGACGGCUCUCCAGAUUGCGGCACGGUUCAAGCAGAUGGACAUUCCUGCAUUGGUCGUCGAGCGUUAUGCGCGGAUCGGCGAUAGCUGGCGGAAACGAUACCCGUCUCUGACGCUGCAUACUGUUCGAAGACAUCACACCUUGCUGUAUCAACCAUACCCUUCAAACUGGCCCCAAUUCACGCCGCGCGACAAGAUCGCAGACUGGCUAGAACAAUACGCGGUCACACAAGACCUAGUGGUGUGGACGAACGCGGAGCUCAAGGUGCAGCCAAUAUACAACGCAGAGACCAAAGACUGGGAUGUCACGAUCCUCCGCGAGGGAUUCGACGUCAAGCUGCGCCCCGCGCACAUCGUGCUCGCCACCGGCACGCUCGGCGAGCCGAACAUCCCAGACAUCCCCGACGUCACGAGCUUCGCCGGGCAGGUCAUGCACUCGCAGCACUUCGCUGGAGGCUCCCUGUACGCGGGGAAGCGCGUCGUCGUGAUCGGCGCGGGGAACAGCUCAAUCGACAUCUGCCAGGACCUCGUCUGGCGCGGGGCGGAGUCGGUCACGAUGGUGCAGCGCUCGCAGACGUGCGUGCUCGCGCGCGAGUACGUGUGCGGGCUGCUGAGGCAGUCGUUUCCGGAGGACGUGCCGCUGCCGAUUGCGGACUUCCGCUGGGGGUCGUUCCCCUUGGGUUUGUUGAAGCAGCUGACGAUUGCCGACCAGCAGUCGGCGUGGGAUGCAAACAAGGAGCUCCACGACAAGCUGAGGAAAGGUGGACUUAAUUUGAGCAUGGGUCCAGAAGGACAGGGUAUAUACCUGCUCACCUUAGAGCGCGGUGGAGGUGCGUCCCAUCAUAUCACAAGCGGAGGCGCGGACAUGAUUGCAGACGGAAGAAUCAAAGUGAAGAGUGGCAUCUCCCCGCAACGGUUUACAGAGACAGGGCUUGUCAUGAGCGACGAGUCCGAGCUUCCUGCGGACGUGGUGAUCUUCGCGACUGGGUUCGUGCGCAUCAGGGAAGCAAACGCGGAAGUAUUGGGCCGUGAAGUCAUCGACAAGACAGACGAGGUGUACGGGCUCGACGAAGAAGGCGAGAUCAAAGGCAGCUAUCGCCCGUCCGGCCAUCCUGGGCUGUGGUUUGCUACCGGCGACUACUUCAUCUCACGCUUCAUGUCGAAGGCACUGGCUCUGCAACUCAAAGCGAUACAACUCGGGCUUUUGGAGCAUGAUGGCCGUCGACCCAGCGCAAAGGACAAGGAGCAAGUCAGCAAGCUGUGAUUGAGGCCCCCGGGGAAUUGUAGCUUGGUGUACGAUACCCAUACAUAGACUGCAUGUCGUCUGUAGGGACACCCGUCCCGACACGCAACCGAUACCCAGACCUUCCGAGAAGCCUCAAACGGGCUGGAGGGCGUUUUGCAACGAAUAGCUGGUGUCCGUAACAUGCGCGUAGACGUCCGGAGGUGGCGGUCCAUCGGCGGCCUCGUCUUCGCUCUCCUCAGAGCCGAGCAUUACGUGCGCGAUCUCGCUCUCCGGUUCCGUCACGUCCACAAUGAGACCGCGGAGCACUUCCACCAGGUCUGGACGCGUCGUCUCGAUUUCCUGCAGCCACCGUCGGCUGACCAUCCAGCGCGCAACGCCCUUCGGAGGUAGGAACAGGCCGUCCUUGGGCAGGCCUUCGCGUCGGACCCGCGCAGCCCCACGCUUCGGUUUGACGCUCUUUUCAACACGGUCGUGUGCAUCUAGGACGCCGUAGAAGCGUAGCAACCGUGCGCUGCGCCAAGAGGGACCCCGCGUCUGGAACGCCUGCACCCUAUCACCGUUCUCGGCGUACUCGCCGUCGGACUCCUCGGAGGACAUGCAGUCCUGGUGCAGGGCGCUCUCGAAGACGGGCUGCGCGAACGCGUCCAGUUUCUUACGCGCGUCGGUGCGGUUGCCUAGUUUCGCCUUCUUGCGCUGUAACCGACGCGCCCUGAGCGCCUUGUGGUUCUCCUUGCGUUUUAGACGCGUUGCGGUAGUUGCGUCGCUCUGAGCUUUGUGCUUCUGUCGGAGCGUGGUGAACACCUGAUCGAAGACGCUAUCCAGGGUCUUCUUGUUGAAAUCCUUCUCCGGGACCUGCUUGUAUGCGCUGUGAUUGGUCUUGAUGUCGUUGACGACCCGUCUCUUCAUCGCCGCGUUGUGUGCAGACUGCUUCGGGGUCUUGAGCCAGACGAACCGCACGGGCUGGUCGGCGAGCAAGGGGGCACCUUCAAAAUGGCUUUCGGGGAGGUCUUCGUCGCGUUUGAGUUUCAUCAUCUUCCGGAUAUGAAUCCUCAUGGCAUGAUGGAUCGUGGAACAGCGGCCGCUGACAUUCCAGCUUUCGCCCACGCAGUCGGGGGAAUCGUCAUCCGAAUCGUCCUCGCUUCCGCUGUAGCUACGGUCGCUCUCCUCCUCAGCGGCAGGGCGCGGCCGCUUGCGAGGAUUCACCCGAGGUUUGGGAGAGGCGGGAACGGGUGUGACAGAUGGCCCUAUCGACUGUGGCGUAGGCGGCGCAAGCAAUUCGGUAGGUUCUGUCUGAAGCGUGCUCGGUGUUGUUCGUGUAGACGCAAAUUGUGGUGAC